CCCGCCUCCUGCCUCCCUCCGCCGGCGGUUCUCACAUAGACCAUGGCCCUGAGAGCCUGUGGCCUAAUCAUCUUCCGGAGAUGCCCAGUUCCCAAGGUGGACAGCAGUGCCAUCGAGUUCCUCCUGCUGCAAGCGUCCAACGGCAUCCACCACUGGACUCCUCCCAAAGGCCACGUGGAUCCCGGAGAAAGUGACUUGGAAACAGCUCUGCGGGAGACGAAGGAAGAAGCCGGCUUAGAAGCAGACCAGCUAACCAUCAUUGAGGGGUUCAGAAAGGAGCUCAACUAUGUGGCCUGGGAGAAGCCUAAAACCGUGGUCUACUGGCUAGCGGAGGUGAAGGACUACGACGUGGAGAUCCGACUCUCCCACGAACACCAGGCGUACCGCUGGCUGGGCCUGGCCGAGGCCUGCCAGCUGGCCCAGUUUGAGGAGAUGAAGGCAACGCUCCGAGAGGGACACCAGUUUCUCUGUUCCACUGCGGCCUGAGUGGGCAGGAGCAGGGGCUCUGGCCACAGCAGGAAGUUGGUGGGCCUUCUGAGAUGACCCCUACCCCACCCUCCAUUCCACUGGAGGAAGGUGAUACCUUGUGGGGCUCACUCAUCCCAGCAGAGAGUAGACAGGGUAUGAAAUCAGCUCAGGAUUUUUGGAUGAGAAAGAGAGGGAGAGAGAGAAAAAACUAUAAACCUGAGCUUGGAAGAACGAAAAGCCAGGAGGAAUGGAAGGAUGAGAUUAGGCCCAGCUGGUGCAUCCUUGGACUUUAUCAAUAAACCUCAAGUGGCUGAUUGGA